AUGGUUAGCAGCAUAGAUUGUAUGCAUUGGGAAUGGAAAAAUUGUCCGACUGCAUGGAAAGGACAAUAUCAAGGAAGAGCUGGUGUUGCUACUUUAGUUCUUGAAGCUGUUGCUGAUCGUGACUUAUGGAUAUGGCAUUCUUUCUUCGGGAUACCAGGUUCCUGCAAUGACCUAAAUGUUCUUCACCGAUUUCCUGUGUUUAGGGAUGUUUUAGAAGGUCAAGCACCACCUGUGCAAUUUACGGUGAAUGGUAACCAAUAUGAUAAGGGUUAUUAUCUUACUGAUGGUAUAUAUCCGAAUUGGGCUACAUUCAUUCAAUCAGUUACAUGUCCUCAAACUAUCAAGGACAAGUUAUUUGCUCGGCACCAAGAAGGAGCUCGAAAAGAUGUGGAGAGAGCAUUUGGGGUGCUGCAAUCUCGGUUUGCUAUUGUUCGUAGACCAUCCCUCGCAUGGGAUGAGGAAAUUCUCAAUGACAUCAUGUUGUCUUGCAUAAUCAUGCACGACAUGAUUGUGGAAGAUGAACGAGAUACAUAUGUACACUACGCAGAUACUACUAAAUUCACUACGAACACAAGUAAUAAUGGGGACGAAUUUGAAUACUAUCAUGAUCGGAUCGUAGAUAUCAACUAG